AUGUUGGCUCUUGAAUAUUCAACAACUGGUUCAUGGUAUACCUGGAAAAGGGGAAGAAGGGUAAAAAUAAGUAUCAGGGAAAGACUUGAUAGAGGGUUGACAAAUAAUCCGUGGAAGGACAUGUUUCCACACUAUUUACUUCAACAUCUGUCUCACACAUUCUAUGAUCACUGCCCCCUUUUAUUGGAUACAACAUUUCACAAAAAGGCUAUUAGGCGUUGGCACUUUCGUUUUGAGGCCUCCUGGUUAAUGGAGGCAUCAUGUGAGGACGAGGUAAAUAGAUUAUGGACUGAAACGAAUGGAACAGUGCUAGAGAAACUGAAUCAUGUCAGUAAUGGACUAGAUAAGCGGUUCAAGAACAUCUGUCAGAUUAAUCGUCUAUCGAGCGCUGAACUACAAAGCAAGUUAACAACACACGUUGAACUUCAACCGACUGAUGAGGUGCUCGAAAAGAUAGUGGACACGAAACUACAACUUAAUCUCGAGAUGGACAAGACUGGGUUGUAUUGGGAGCAGAGGGCCCAUGUCAAUUGGUUAAAAAAUGGGGAUAAUAACACGACUUUCUUUCAUUGGUUUGCUUUGACAAGGUGUCCCAUGAAUUGUAUUGUUUCAUUGGAUAUGGAGGAUGGUUCACACACUACAACAUAA